AUGGAGUUUCUGAAAUUGUUUCCCUCUGAAAACAGUCAAUCGCAACAAAAACCCCAUCUUUUAAAACCCUGUUUCAACACCUCCAUUGCCGGAUCUGAAGCUAUGCUUCCUUGUCAAAACCUUCCUCAAUUAAAUGCUCUGUCUUUCAGUGUUUCCUUCAAUGGGUGGAGACUUGCAAACACAAAUUUCAAGUCUUGGGCAAGAAAAAUGGCGGCUUUACACGAACCCAUUUGGAGAAAAGCUGGGAUUUUUGAAGCAGUCAUGGCAUCCAUAUACAGAAUCCGUAAAAACCCAGACCUUGUUCUGGGUGUUGCUGAGAAAUGGUGUCCUGACACCAACACCUUCGUUUUCUCUUGGGGUGAAACAACCAUAACACUUGAAGAUGUUAUGGUGCUUUUAGGUUUCUCUGUUUUGGGUUCACCGGUUUUUGCUGCUCUGGACAGCUCAGGAGAGAAGAUUAUGACGAAUCUAAAGAAAGAAUGGCUGAAGAUUAAGAAAGAUAAAGUCAGUUUUGUAACCCAAGUAGCAUGGGUGGAGAGAUUCAUGAACAGUGGUGGUGAGCUUGAGCAUGUGGCUUUCUUAGUGUUGUGGCUUAGCUACUUUGUGUUUCCAUCAAGCUAUUAUCAUAUCUAUGAAGCUAUUUUGCCAAUUGCUGUUCAUCUUUCUAGUGGUACUAAGAUUGCUCUUGCUCCUGCUGUUCUUGCACACUUGUAUGCAGAGCUAAGUCUCUUGAAAAAUCACAUUGAAGAUUUCAGAGAAUCAACGAUUACGGCUAGAAUUGAUCUCACUGCCUUGUUUAAGUUGGUUCAAGUUUGGACAUGGGAAAGAUUCAAGGAACUACAGCCAAAACCCAAUCCGUUGCUGAAAGGUGAGCCAAGAUUGGCUCUUUGGCACGACCUGAAACAGAGAACCAGCAAUGCAGAGCAGAUUCUGGAGAGCUCGAAAAUCGACAGUUUUGAGUGGCGUCCCUACACAAAAACUAUGGAAAGCUGGGAACUUCCUAAGUUUUACCCCGAGAAAGCGAUAUGGAUUCCUGCUGGUCCCAAUCUUGAUGAUGAAUUUAUCUCCUUUGUUCGAUGCAUUACGGUGUCUCAGCUUGUUGGAAUUGACAAUGUGGAGAAUUACUUUCCCAAUCGAGUGGCUUCUCAGUUUGGGAUGCUUCAAGAUGUUCCUUGUCCUAUUAGUCAGAACAACCUCUCACAUGAGGCUGCUUGGAAUGAUUACAAUAAGCCUAUUAAUGAUUUGGCAUUAUACAUUCCUUCCCGUUUUGCAAUACCUCGUGUUACUCCAACGUUUUGCGAAUGGUGGAGGAAGUCGUUUCCAGAACUACAGUAUUCUUCAGGUGAUGAAUCAGCUGAAAAAUUGAAAGCAAGAAACAUCAUAGGUGAUGAUACUAGUUUUGUUCCUUCAGGGGUUGGAAUCAAGAUAACGGAGGAAUCGACAAACAAGAGACACAUAUACAUAAAGCAAGCUCGUGAUAAGAGACUCAAGUACAUGAAGCAAGCUCGUGAAAACGGCUCUAAGAUGAAGAGAACAAGCGAGGAUGGCAUGAGUAUAGCUGAGGAUUCAAACAAGAGACGCAAGUACAUGAAGCAAGAUCGUGAGAACGAUAGUCGUUGUCAGGCACAGGAAUCUUCAGAAGAUGAUAGUCUCACCAUUGCUCAAUUGCUGAAACUUAAUAAGAAGUAUAGUGGAGGAGAUGCUUCUCAACCGCUUGGUAAAAAAUGUAUACUUGAGGCGCAUAACAAUGAUUUUGUCCCUUGUCAAAAGCUUGUUUUUAUAAAAGAUGAAACUGUACAACCCCCAGAAAUUGAGAAAAGGAAUGAAGAGGCUGAUGAAAGUGGAUGCAUAGCAGGAAAGAAUACGGCUGUGAGCCCAUUUGAUAAAAACAACUCUUCAGAUUCUCCCUUUGGUGCUAAUGAAGGAGUAGUUGACAUUGCUGAGAAUGAAGAUAAUGUUGUUGAUCAUGAUGACAGUUUGAUCCAGAAAAAGGUUGCAAUAGAUGAGCUAGCAAUAAAGCCAGACAACAAUGAACCAAUCCUUUGUCAAAAGCUUGCGUAUGAGAGUAAGAGCCCAUCAAAUGAGUCAAACAUUCACAUUGCUGUAGCGGAUGAAACUCAUGGACAGGAACGUUUGCUUCAUGAUGAUGGCCUUGGAAGUGAGGAUUUAGAAAAGAGAAACGAUGGUUCUGGUGAGGGUAAUUCUGGUAAUGACUCCGACGAAAAGAGAUUUCAAACGCUAAAGGUGCUGGAAUCAUCAAUGGAGGAACGUAUUAUCAAGGCACAUAAAACUGUGGCAUGGUUGAUAGAACGGAAAAACAUAAAAGAGAGACGACUAGCAGCAGCAGCUCGUUUGAUCUAGGCGUGUUCGAGGUUGGUUUUGGGCAGUCAAAUGCAAGUAGAUUAUCAAAGAUCAAUCUCACCUUUGUGAUCUUUUGGUUUAGUAUCUUUUUAUUUUCCUUCUUAGUAUCUUCUGAGGACUGGUUUGCUUUUAAGUGUUUCAUUUGUAUCUUUUGAAAUCAGUUAUGAGC